AUGGGUGUUCAGGAUCUGCAGGAUCAUGUGCUGGUGCAGUGUGACUUCGAAAUCUUCGGUCAGGUGCAAGGAUGUGGCUUCACCAAGCACUGCCGGGACAACUGUUUGGCGCUGAGCAUUAAAGGAUGGGUGAAAAACUCCAAACAGGGUACCAUCAUGGGCAAGAUGCAGGGUGCCAAGGGCGAUGUCGGUAAAAUGGUCGAUUGGCUUUCCAAAACCGGUUCACCCGGAUGCAAAAUUGACAAGGCAGAAUUCACCAACUGGGGCACUUGUUCGCGGUUGGCGUUUACGGACUUUGCGAUUAGAUUUUAA